AUGGGUUGUUCAAGCAGUACAAGUUCUGAGCCAAAGCAAGUUGCAAACGCAAGGAUUUCUACAGCUAAAGCCCCUAUUAAACUGUUUUAUCUACCAGGAAAUGUUAAACUCACACUAACGAAACUAGUUUCUCAAGGUGUAAUGGGUUCAGAAGCUUCUGCGACCGCAUCAUCAAGUAUUAAUCUUAAUGCAAGGUUUAUAGAUGUGCCUAACGCAAGAGCAGUGAGAAAAGGCUGGGGAAAAGAAUUAACGAGCAAAAGUGCUGAAUGUGCCAUGUCCAUAUUUUUAGCAGAUAUUAGAGAACGUCCGAUGAUGCUACUUAAUAUUAAAACGCUAAACUGGCUUGCAAAGCAAGUUACGCAGAAAGGUCAGUUGUAUGUUGUUUUAAUCUGCAGCAACGAGCUUGAAGUAUCGGAAUUCAAAUCACAUAUAAGUGCAACUGAUAUCGACACUAUUGUUAUCAAAGAUGGUGACCCAGAAUCUGUUGUUCAAUUUACAGACGUUGUUACAGCAGAAGUAGUCAAGUUCAAUGAAAGAAAGAAGAAAUUCAGUGAGACAUCUCCAAGAUCACGCUAA